CCUCAGGGCCAAGCUCACUACGUUUCCCGUGCGGCGAGGAGCCCCGGCCGGCUCCGGCAUCGAAACCAGCAGGUAGUAAGGCUCGCGCACAAUGACUAACAAGGCCGCCACCGCCAGCAUCAUCGCCGCCGUGGGCGUUGUGGCCGUCAUCGGCACGAUCGCCGCGGUCACCACGUCCAAGAAGGCCAGCGAGGAUGGUGGCAACAUGUCCACCAGCAUCAAGCUCUCCCAGCUCUGCUCUUCCACGCUGUACCCGGCCAAGUGCGAGAACAGCCUCACCCCCGUCGUCAAUGAGUCUUCCAACCCGGAGGAGGUCCUCCGCGCCGCGCUCCAGGUGGCCAUGAACGAGGUCGGCGCCGCCUUCGCCAAAUACAGCGACGUCGGCAAGGGCGCCACCGACAAGAUCACCUUGAGCGCCAUCGGCGAGUGCAAGAAGCUGCUCGACGACGCCAUCGUGGACCUCAAAGACAUGGCCGGCCUCAGGGCCGACCAGGUCGUCGUCCAGGUCAACGACCUCAGGGUCUGGAUCUCCGGCGUCAUGACCUAUAUCUACACCUGCGCCGAUGGCUUCGACAAGCCGGAGCUCAAGAAGGCCAUGGACAAGCUGCUGACGAACUCCACCGAGCUCAGCAGCAACGCCCUGGCUAUCAUCACCCGCGUCGGCCAGUUCCUGCAUCAAGGGCAGGACGCCAAGAGUGGCUCCACUGUCGGAGGGAGCCGCCGACUUCUCGGGUGGUACAUGGGUGACGCGCACGACGUGGAAAGCAGGCGCCACCUUCUAGCUAUCAAUGGCAGGCUGGAUGAGAUCGCAGUCGUGAGAGACGCGAGCCGGCGCCUCCUGUCAGAGACGAUGGACGAGAUCACUGAGAUGUCCCACGACGGAGACCGCCACCUGUCGGAGACGAUGGACCAGAUCGAUGAGAUGUCCCACGACGGAGACCGCCACCUGUCGGAGACGAUGGACCAGAUCGACGAGAUGUCCCAUGACGGAGACCGCCAACUGUCGGAGACGAUGGACCAGAUCGAUGAGAUGUCCCACGACGGAGAUCGCCACCUCUCGGAGACGAUGGACCAGAUCGAUGAGAUGUCCCACAACGGAGACCGCCACCUCCAAGACGUGAGUACGUCCAACCCCACCGGAAACGUGAGCACGUCCAACCUCACCGGAAAAGCGAACACGUCCCAGGUCAUGUCAUUCGGCGAUGGCUCGUCGGCCUCGAUGUUCUUCGGGGUCUCCAACCUGACUAAGGAGGCCGACUUCGUCCGGCGCCGGCUGCUGAGCAUGACGUACGACGGCUCAUCUGAGAACGAGGUUAAACAAUACGGUGAAGGCAACAAGCGAAGGCUCCUCAACGAUCCCUUGUCGGAGGACGAGGUUAAACAAUACGGUGAGGGCAACAAGCGAAGGCUCCUCAACAACCCCUCGUCGGAAGACGAGGUUAAACAAUACGGUGAGGGCAACAAGCGAAGGCUCCUCAAUGAUGCCUCGUCGGGGGACGAGGUUAAGCAAUACGGUGAAGGCAACAAGCGAAUGCUCCUCAACGAUGCCUCAUCGAGGGAUGAGGUUAAACAAUACGGUGAAGGCAAUAAGCGAAGGCUCCUCAACGAUGCCUCGUCGGGGGACGAGGUUAAGCAAUACGGUGAAGGCAACAAGCGAAGGCUUCUCAAUGAUGCCUCGUCGGGGGACGAGGUUAAGCAAUACGGUGAAGGCAACAAGCGAAGGCUUCUCAACGAUGCCUCGUCGGAGGACGAGGUUAGACAAUACGGCGAAAGCAACAAGCGAAGGCUCCUCAACGACGUCUCGUCGGGGGACGAGGUUAAACAAUACGGCGAAGGCAACAAGCGAAGGCUCCUCAACGACGCCUCGUCAGGGGAUGAGGUUAAUCAAUACGGCGAAGGCAACAAGCAAAGGCUCCUCAACGACGCCUCGUCGGGGGACGAGGUUAAACAAUAUGGCGAAGGCAACAAGCGAAGGCUCCUCAACGACGCCUCAUCGGAUAAUGAGGUUAAACAAUAUGGCGAAGGCAACAGGCGAAAGCUCCUAUCCACUCAGAUGCAGAGCAUUGCCGACAUGUCAGCGCAGAUGAACCGCCGCCUCCUCGCGACGGAGCUCCCCGAGGACCUCGCCGGCAAGCGUCAGCUCCUGUCCAACAAGCUCGUCAUGAUCUACGAAGUCGCCAAAGAGGCCAACUGCGAGCUCGAGGCGAUCGGCAACGGCAGGAUCCCCGAGGAGGAGGAGGAUCAGAGGGUGCUGGCGACGGAGGUUGUCGGCACGAUCGAAGACCUGCCCAACAACCACCGCCGCAAGCUGCUGUCCGCCGGCAUCUUCCCGGAGUGGGUGUCGUCCCACACCCGGAGGCUCCUCCGGAUUCCCGGCGGGCUGCAGAAGCCCAACGCGGUGGUGGCCGCGGACGGGAGCGGCAACUUCAAGACCAUCACGGAGGCCCUCAACUCCGUGCCCAAGAAGUCCACCGCACGCUUCGUCAUCUAUGUCAAGGCCGGCGAGUACAAGGAGUACGUCACGGUCAACAAGGACCUGGCCAACGUCUUCAUGUACGGCGACGGGCCCACCAAGACCCGGGUCAUCGGCGAUAAGAGCAACAAGGGAGGCUUCGCCACCAUUGCCACCCGCACCUUCUCGGCGGAGGGGAACGGGUUCAUCUGCAAGUCGAUGGGAUUCGUGAACACGGCGGGGCCGGACGGGCACCAGGCGGUGGCGCUGCACGUGCAGGGCGACAUGUCGGUGUUCUUCAACUGCAGGUUCGAGGGGUACCAGGACACCCUGUACGUGCACGCCAACCGGCAGUUCUUCCGCAACUGUGAGGUGCUGGGCACCAUCGACUUCAUCUUCGGCAACUCGGCGGCGGUGUUCCAGAACUGCCUCAUGACGGUGCGGAAGCCCAUGGAAAGCCAGGGCAACAUGGUGACCGCGCACGGGCGCACGGACCCCAACAUGCCCACCGGCAUCGUGCUCCAGGGGUGCAAGAUCGUGCCAGAGGACGCGCUGUUCCCCGUCAGGCAGACGGUCCCCAGCUACCUCGGACGGCCGUGGAAGGAAUACUCGAGGACGGUGGUCAUGGAGAGCACCAUCGGCGACCUCAUCAAGCCCGAGGGGUGGUCGGAGUGGAUGGGUGACUUCGGGCUCAAGACGCUCUACUACGCCGAGUACGCCAACACCGGGCCCGGCGCCGGGACAAGCAAGAGGGUGACCUGGCCGGGGUACCGUGUCAUCGGACAGGCCGAGGCCACGCAGUUCACCGCCGGCGUGUUCAUCGACGGCAUGAGCUGGCUCAAGAACACCGGCACGCCUAACGUCAUGGGCUUCAUCAAAUGAUCGAGCCAGUUUGCCGGCCAUUUGACUCCGGCCGGCCGCGUGCAUGCAUGCAUGCAUGCAUGCGCUCGUCCGGUGGAUGCUUGACGAGACCCGUGGAAUUUUAGGAAGAAAUUAAGGAAGGAGACAUUCUUUAUUUGUACAGAAGUACAAAAGCAGUUCAAGCAAAAGAAUUUCUCUGUGUAAUGUAAUUGAUUAGAACAUUCCAACAUGGCUUGAUGUAUGUUUUUUUUGUCCAGACUUGUACUGUCUAACGAACUUGAAGGGAAAUAGCAUUGGAUAUAAACAUGAGCUUAUUUGAUAGGAGUUA